AUGGAGUUUAUUGCUAAGACAACAACUAUCCCUGUCCCGAAAGUUUUUGAGGCAGGUGAGGAUCAGAAAACAAAUAUCUGUCUCCAAAUUGAUGGAUAUCUUGCUCAGCUUCGAAAGUUAACCGGGGAUCGAAUUAUGGCAGUAGAUGGAGGUGCGUUGGACGUGGGUCUGUACCAAAAGCGCUGGUUAGGACCAUUUAAUAGUGUAAAAGAGUUCCAUCACUCUUUAGCCCAGGGUGAGCCGAAUAACCUAGGUGACGACCAUACGAUUCAUUUUGCCCAUGCCGACCUCGCCCCUAGGAUUAUUAUAGUUGAUGAGAAUACCGGCCGUAUCAAUGCAAUCGUCGAUUGGGAGCGGGCGGGGUGGUAUCCAGAAUACUGGGAUUUUGUCCAGAUGGAUUACGACCGGCCGACUAUGCGCGAGAUGGGAGGUUAUACCAAGCUUUGGAAGUCCUUUUUUACUCACAUAUAUGCAGACGAACGUUCUGCAAUGAUGGAUCUUAACCAACGAACAGUAGUCCCAUACCCAGAUGGAAACCUGCUCGAACCGCUUCCCGACAUUUUACCGUCGUUUGCCUCCCAUGCGAAGCAGUUACAAAAGAGUUUUGAAAUACUUAACUUAUAG